GUAGUAUCUCGGAUUGGUGUCAGCACUCACACAUUUUUAAAGAAAACAAACCAUCCCCUGCCCGCGGCCCUGCCUCAGUCCCUAGAUGUAUCGGUGCUGCCUGUUCAUUCUCGAUUUGUGUGUCAGCGAAGCAGUGCGCGCCGGGACGUAACGAAUUCUUUGUUUUUCUUUUUUUAGUGCAACUAAUAUACAUUGUUUGGAUCUCUGCGAACUUAAAUAUGCCAAAACGCACUAGAAGCGAUCGACAUCGCUCCGGUGAUACCGAAACUAGAAAACUUCGAAAAAUAAUUAACAAUUUGGAUGCUCGGUUACGCGCCAUGGAAAAGCAAGGCCGCCCGUCUCGGUCUCGAAUACGACGCAUAUCCAAUUCCCCUUCUUCGUCGACGAGUGACUCAUCAUCUCGCUCCUGCUCGACGUCGGACGCUGCUAGCAAUGAGAACACCCCUCGAAGGUCAACCACCCGUAGAUCGCCUUUUGCCGAUGCUCUCGCAGAAAAUGAUGUAAGGUCCGAGGAAAUUUCAUUCUCCACAGCGCCUUUAAGUGAGGAUGUCAUAGACAUACUGGGGAAGAAAGACACCUCUCCUGAACCACUGGGGCCAAAAAUUCAUGAGGAUUUGCUCCUUCGAUGGGAAAAAAUUUUGAAGACGGGCCUAUCUGAUGACGAUAGAAAAUCCCUUCUGUCUAAACUCCCUCCGCCUGAAAACUUUACAACAUUAUCUGCUCCACUGCUUAACCCUGUAGUACAAAAAGCGAUUUCUCCAUCUAACUUAUUGAGGGAUGAGCGACUGACAAAACUACAGUCUUUAGUUGCGGCAAGCCUUUCUGGCAUUGGCCAGGUCUGUAGCCUCCUGUUAUCGGAAGAAGGGGGGGGGGACAGACGAUACAUUGAACUACUCAAUAAUGCAGGUCGAAUGUUGGCUGACUUGUGGCAUUCCCAAAACAUAACCAGAAGGGAACUUAUCUCAAUAAACCUCUCCAAGGAAUUUCAGGAGGCCACAAAAGACAUCCCUCUGGAUACCUUUCUUUUUGGGCAAAACUUGGACGAGCGAAUGAAAGCAACCAAAAGUUCCGAAGAAUACAGGAAAAUACUAAAAGCAAAGCCUCCAAAAACCAUUACCAAAACUCGCUAUCAGGCCCCUACUUCAUCCCAACGAUUUCCUGCAACGACUCGCUCGUUAAACCACAGGGCUCCAUCUCGAUACCAACAGGGAACGAACCGAGAGAGGAGCCGAUACUACAACAAAAGAGUUCCCCCUCAAUACAGAUUGAAACAGCAGCAGCACAAGCAACGCGGGAGACCGAAUCGCUAGGCCGCACACAGGACUCCCCAUCCCCUCUGGAAGAGCAUUACCCUGGUAGCCGCAACUGUAUCACCAAAGCGUUGAAGCUAGGCUGCGUUCCAGAGGAAUCAUUGAACAUAUGCCUAGCAUCAAUAACCGAAUCCACUAUCGCACAGUACAACGUUGGCUUGCGGCUAUGGUGGCAGUUUUGUAGGGACAAAAAUAUUAAUAUGUAUGCAGCGACAAUACCUUCAGUACUGACUUUUCUUACAUUACAAUUUAAUCGGGGAUGCUCCUUCAGCUCUCUUAACUCAUACAGGGCCGCAAUCUCUCAAAUCCUGGGGCCAAACCUAUCAGAUGAUUUCAGGAUUAAAAGACUUUUCAAAGGCCUUAGCUCUUUAAGACCCCCCUUGCCUAAGUACAAUAAGACAUGGGACCCAGCAAUCGUCCUCGAUUACAUCAAACGGUUGUCACAAAGUCCGCUUAACUUGGAAAACUUAACCUACAAAACUGCCAUGUUAAUAGCACUGGCUACAGGUCAACGAGUACAGACCUUGGCAAGUAUUAAUAUUAAUGACAUCCAUGUUUUUCCAGAUAAAUUGGAACUUGUAAUAAAAAAGAAACUCAAGACCUCAAAUAUUAACAGAACUCAACAUGUCUUAGUAUUGCCAUUUUACACCAGUGACAUUAAUAUCUGUCCAGCAAAAUCCUUGCUAUCAUACAUAGAAAAAACUAAAGAAAUUAGGAACUCAACGAGCGCCCUAUUCUUAACCUUUAAAAAACCCCAUAGAGCCGCUACCACACAGUCUAUUAGCAGAUGGUUAAAAGGAGUUCUGAACAGAAGCGGUGUAGAUACUGAUGUAUUUAGUGCUCAUAGCACCCGACACGCGUCUACGUCUGCUGCCGACCGGAAAGGAGUUAGCUAUGAUACGAUACGGACUGCAGCAGGCUGGACGGAGAAGUCAAAAACGUUUGCUGUUUUUUAUAAAAAGCCGUUAUUAUCCAAAGAACUGGACUUUGCUAAUGCGGUACUAGAUUCAUAAAAGUGUUAAUCAACCUUUCAUGUUAUUACUAUUCUCUAAUAAACGUAAGUUCCCCUAUACACUGCGUACUACCUUCCUUGUUGCAACUUGCUUUAAACAACUACAACUAGCUUAUUUACGAGGACGGGGCGAGAUAUAAUUAUAUGAUUAAACGAACUUACCUAAGCGAAGUUUAAUCCUAAUUAUAUGGAGCCCCGUCCGAAGUAAAUAAGCUCCCACCCAACCCAUCCCAAAACAGUUGCAACAAAACUUUAAACAGGAAUGAACAGGCAGCACCGAUACAUCUAGGGACUGAGGCAGGGCCGCGGGCAGGGGAUGGUUUGUUUUCUUUAAAAAUGUGUGAGUGCUGACACCAAUCCGAGAUACUACAACUAGCUUAUUUACUUCGGACGGGGCUCCAUAUAAUUAGGAUUAAACUUCGCUUAG